CAGAAUGUUUGUUCGGCAAACAAGCUAUGGAGCUGGGUUCCAAGUGGUUUGCGGACUUGGGCCCUCCCUUCGGCGUGAUGUACUGCAUCAAAUGUGAGUGUGUUGCGGUUCAAAAGAAACGGCGGGUGGUAGCCAAGGUACACUGUCGGAACAUCAAGAACGAGUGUCCCGAACCAUCCUGUGACACUCCCGUCCUACUGCCCGGCAGAUGUUGCAAGACAUGUCCCGGGGACCUCAACUCUCCCGACAUCGUUCAAGAAGACAGUCCAGUUGUCAUAACGACUGAAGAAGAUGAAAAAAACAUGAAAUAUUUCGCAUCAUUUCUAACCGGCCGGUCUCCGCUGUGUGUACGACGGGAUGACAUGUCAGGGGUGCCUGUUGCGCACGGAGUGGCAACUGCUCGGUUCACGUUUCGGAGACGGCACCUCUACUGGUCCGUUCUCCUCAGCCCCUCCAUACAGACCCAACCUCGAGCACUCGCCUUCCUCGACAAAGAGGGGCGUGUGCUACUGGAACAGUCACUGAAGAGAAUACCCGGUAUACACGCGACGUACGAAGAAAAAACAGAUAAGCUUUGUGGUGUCUGGCGUCGAGUGCCGAGACAAUACAAGACUUUACUGAGAGAUGGAGACCUGCACGUGGCCCUGCUGUGGGGCGAUGCGCGGAACAACUCCAUCGAUAGCGCUCUCAGCGGCAGAAUCGACAGGUACCCUGCCCUUUCAUCAGAAAUGUUCACGACAUUGUUGGAACCAGAACAUCCUCCUACUUCGAUUGGACAGGGGGCUUGUCAGGACUACCCAGCAUUAGAGUACGAAGACGGCUGGUGGGGAGGCACAGCAGUGAUCACGGCAGUGGCUGGAGCCACUCCCAGUCUGUACCUCGCCCUGGUUUUCAAUGGAGUUUUUCCAAAAACUGCAGUCACUCCACACCUGGUCAGAGUGAUCCUCACUCUCCCAGAAAAGAAUCAGACCAUCAUUGAUCAGGUGCAGAGGGUAAGCAAACCCCAUUAUGACUUCAAUGUCCUGGAGGUAUCAACUCCAGUAUCGGCUGCAGAACUGAGAUCUUUGGCUAGAGGUCGCUUACUUCUCACUGUGGAGGCUGUUGAAGCUCCUGAAAGAAGAAUCGUGGGAACUGUGAGACAGAAAGCGGCCUGCGAAGUGUAUAAUACACCGUUGGUUUCCGAGAGGCUGUCAGCAACGCCUGCGCCUGAAGGACUUGCCUUGCUUUACAUUGACAAAGAAGGAUCGCUCGUCUAUGACAUACAGGUUGACAAUUUGGGUAUAACAGACCCUAAGAUAACUUUGGUGGAGGAGCAAGGCAAGCGUCACUCUCAGGUUGAGAUACUGGACACCCGUAUUGGAGUACUGGCGCGACCCAGUGCCAGGAUAUUCCAGCCUUUGUAUGAAGAACAGCUUGCAGUUCAUAUUAGUGCUGAUACCGGUCCUCCAAUUCUCCGUGGUCGUCUGACAUCGCGAAUGCUCCCUGAUGCAGCAGGGUCUGGUCCCGCUCUACUGCGAAGAACAGGACAAGUCAGGCUACCAGCUGCUAUGGCUGGGCUGGCGUGGCUGUCCGUGGACUCAUUAUGUGGACUGUACUACGAGACGGUGAUUACCGGUGGUAAUGCUCGUUCGUGGUCAUCCUGGUGGCUGGGGACUCACCCUGGCACUGAAGUUGCAGCUAGAGAAUUAGGCGGUGAAGAAGGAUGGGUGUUAGAGCCGACUUCCGCUGAGCUGGUGGCGCUACAUCUAGGAGCUUCAACCCUAGAGUUGCGAGCCCACGACAACGUUACUGUGAUCCUGCGCGCGCGAGUACCACAGAUAAGCGUGCCUCCAUCGUGUUUGCCAUCCGUGCCAGGGACGUCGGACAACGAGCUGAUCCCCAAGUAUACUCCAGGACCUUUAGAAGACCAGAUGACGGACUACUCCUUAUUCCGCCUCAAUUAUUGUACGCAAAGAGAUAAGUACUACAAGCUUGGAGAAACUUGGACAGAUACUGAGACAUGUUCAAAAUGCUGGUGCGUAUUGGGGAUGGUGCGAUGUGAACCGGUGCAGUGCCCACCUGUCAACUGUCUGGUACCUACCAUUAAACCACCUGGACAAUGUUGCCCUAUUUGUACCAAUUCUACGACUGCUGUUUGGUCAGAAAAUGGAAGCUGCGUUCUUGCUGGACAGAGCUACGCCCCAGGGUCAUCAUGGCACCCUUACCUAGUCCCUGGAGGUUACGACACGUGUGCCAUCUGCACGUGCAACUUUGCGACCAGGCAAAUACAAUGUCCUAGAGUCAAGUGCCCACCACUACGCUGCAGUGAAAAAGAAGCGUACAGGCCGGACAAGAAAGCAUGCUGCCGUGUGUGCCCAGAGUUGAAAGCAAAGAAACCGGAUGAAGAAACUCCAAAAGAUCAGGGUGCACCACGUACUGCCGAAGAGAUUCUGGCAGAAGGAGGAUGCAAGUUCCCCGACGGGCCACUGCCCAACGGCAAGGAAGUGCAUCCCUCUAUCCAUUCGCAUGGAGAGCAGCGCUGUGUCACUUGUCGAUGCAAGGACGGGGAGGUGACAUGUGUGCGCAAACGAUGCGGACGCGCGGCGUGCGCGCGGCGACGGCGCGUGGACGCGUGCUGCGCGUGCACGCGACACCGGCGGCAGCGCGCGCCGCGCACGGAGCGGCCCGCGCCGCCGCCGCCCAGCUGA